AGCACUGGUCCUGGCCUUUGACCUCCAGGCCACAGCUCCUAUUCUCUUCUGCUUCUUUCAGCUUAUGAGGUCCUUAGUGACUCAUUGAACGUGUCUCAGCAGGACUUCAGCAGCAGUUUGACACUCAGCAGAAUGCUGGCUGUGGACCUCCUCCUCCUCCUCCACCUCCUCCUCCUCCUUCCUCUGUGCUGCUGCUGCUACCUCACUCAGUCUGAGUAGAGGAGUGCAGCACAAACUCAGACUUUCAGCUCAAACCAAAGUGUUUCCGCUCAGACUUCAGUGUUUUUGUUUUUUAAUCUGACGCGUCUCACCGUUCUACACACCCACUUCUAACACGUUCUGUUUGGGACUUUUAGUUUUUGGUCAUCCUCCUCUAAUGGAACUUGAGGAUUUCCCACCAAAACUCUAAGCAGACCACCCACACAGCCACUGUGACCUCCCCCCACCACCACCUAGUGGAAGAAGAUGGAGCGAGCCAGUCGGGGUGUCCUCCCAACUCUCCUGUUAAUAACACUCCUGCCCCCAGUUACUCCGGCCCCCUGCCCCCGACCCUGUUCCUGCCCUCAGCCCUCUGAGCUCCACUGCACCUUCCGCUCUCUCCUCAGCAUCCCAGCUGUUCCUAAACAUCUGGAGCGCAUCAACCUGGGAUUCAACAGCAUUAAUCAGAUACGUGGUGAAUCCCUGUCUGGCCUGAGGAAGCUGGAGCUGCUGAUGAUUCAUGGGAACAACAUCCCCUCGCUGCCUGAUGGGGUUUUCAGGGACCUGAAAUCACUUCAGAUGCUGAAGUUCAGUUAUAACAAGCUGAAGGAGCUCCGCAGGCACUCGCUCCAGGGUCUGUGGUCUUUGGUCAGGUUACACCUGGAUCACAACCAGCUGGACUUCAUCCACCCAGACACGUUUCAAGGUCUCACCUCACUGCGACUUCUGCAGUUGGAAGGAAACCGACUACAGCAGCUGCAUCCAGCCACCUUCACUACCUUCAGUGUGUUGUCUCAUUUCCACUUCUCCACCCUGCGGCACCUCUUCCUGUCAGACAACAGACUUGUGUCGCUGCCCUCUGGGCUGUUGAGCGCCAUGCCCAAGCUGGAGAACUUGUAUCUCCAUGGUAACCCAUGGACUUGUGACUGCAACAUGAGGUGGCUCCUUGACUGGGAAAAGACCUCACCAGGAGUUUUGAAAUGUAGAAAGGAUGCAAGUCUUCCAGGUGGUAAACUGUGUCCUGUAUGCUCAUCCCCCAGACAUCUACACAGUACAGAGCUCCGUGCUGUGGGGACUCUGGUCUGCCAAAGCCCAGCCAUCAGUUCUCCACAAACAACCACCUCAUUGGAUGAAACUGAAAGGGAUGUGUUGAACUAUGAGAAAUUCAAAGAACCUAUUGGAAAUGUUUCCUUGGACCUGUCUGAUGAGCAUGGAAACAAAGUUGGUUUGGAGUGUAGUGUUGGUGAGCCCAAAGACCUCCACAAGAUCAACUGGGAGCAAGUUAAUCAGCGUCAUUUGGUCACCAACAUCACUUUCUCUGUUGAGCUUCAAUGUCAAGUUGACAGAGAAAAGUACCAACAACUCUGGAGACUAAUUGCAUACUACAGCAGUGUGCCAGCCCACCUAAAGCGGGGAUCAAUACUGAGUAAAACACCUCACCCAGCCUACACUUACCAACAGGACUCAGUGCAGGAGGCCCAGUACUACACAGGUGUUAGGGUCAACAUGAUGGCCCAACCUGCUUGGCUGAUGCAACCAAACAUUGACGUUCAGCUCAAUCGACUUCAGUCAUCGGCCAAGACCGUCAGAUUAAUUCUAGGCACAGAGCUCUCAGAGGUGGUGGACACUGAACUGGAGCAGAACCGGAGAAGGAUGUGGGUCAUGAUUGACUCAACGAACAGAACUCAAAAAGCUAUGAGUGUUGUAGUGGGAGGUUCGUGUGAAAUGUAUUGUGAUGUGCACAGCUCUGAGCAGCCAGUAAUUCAGUGGAUGCUCCCAGAUGGCUCCAAGCUGAACUCGACACACAAACGUCCAAACAACCGGAUUUCUGUGUCCAGAGAGGGACGGUUGUUCAUUAAAACUGCCAACCAUAGAGACACAGGAAGUUACUUCUGUAUUUCCUGGGUUCACGGAGAUCUGGCUGUCCUUCCAUUUUUUCUGACUGUACAGGAAUCCUCAAGGCCUCCACCAGUAGAAGACACCAGAGAAGACACAGCAAUCACAUCUGCAGCAGGGAGCCCCUUUACUCUGGACUGCACUGCAUCUGGUUCUCCUGACCCUGAAAUCAACUGGAUUCCACCAAGCAACACUAUAGUUAGCUUCCAAACAAACUCGUCUAAAGUCGUAGUCUAUCCUAAUGGCACCCUCUAUAUUCCACAGAUUCAGGUAUCAGACAGUGGGUAUUAUAGAUGCGUUGCCAUUAAUCAACAUGGUGUGGCCACGCAGAAUAAAAAAGUUACUGUAGUGAAGCGCAAAGGCCUCAAUAGACCUUUGUCAAAGUUUCCAUUGGGACCUCAGUCUGCUUCAGGGGUUAACACUCAGAUAAAAGUCCUCCCAGUAGAUUUGGAUGAAGCAUCAGGAGACAUCGAGAUGACUCAAGAUGGGCCUCCAGUGAGCCGUGUGGAUCCUGCUAGAAGGAGAUCUUCAGGAGGAGGUGUUUCAAGCAGGAGAGGUAUUCUUCCACCCAGGAAUAGGUGGCGGGGACCGCCGGUGCUACGGAAACCAGUUGGGUCUGAGGACAGGAAAGGUACAGCUGGGGACAGGAGGCGGUUUCAUUUGUCUAAGAGUAAAAUAGAUCCAGAGAAAUGGGCCGACAUUUUGGGUAAGAUCAGGGACAGGAAACCUGAGAAAUCAGUCACACCAGUUCCUGUUCAGUACACAACCAAGCUCAUAAAGCCCCCGAACGCUAAAGAAGAAGUGCCUCAUAAAGUUUCUGAUCCUGAGACAGAGAGCCAGCAUGGUCUAGCAACACAAGAACAUACCCAACACCAACACAAUGCACAUAGUCAGACUCCUCCAAGCUACACCGUGCCUGAUGCAGAUGGUUUCACUCUGAGUAGAAAACACACUGACAUUCUACCAUCUACACAGAGUGUCCAUCUUCUCUCAGAGCCCACAUCCGCUCCUUUACAUGUGAUCACUUCCAGGCAUGAGAACGCUGACACUUUAAGUAGAAACAGGACCUUUUUUCAACAAGAGAACCAUAGAGCAUGUACGGAUGCAAACAGAGAGAACGCAGCCGACCAGUCACUGAGCCCUUCAGUCACUCCACUAUAUUCUGCUACAACUGAAGAGAAAAUCAGAAAAUCUUUCCACAAGGCCUCAACCCCAUCAGAGUUUCAUGUUCAGCCAAAAAACACUAAACUCAGAGAUCUGCAAACUGAAUCUUCAUCAACUACACCUGCUCCCAUUUCCCAGAGAAAGUCUGAGAAACAUUUAGCUCCAAGCCUCAGGAAAGCCAACUCCAGGAAAAGGAAUGGGAGUCGGAAAAAGAAGCCAAACAGACGAAAACACAAGCUGAAAAAAAAUACCCGGUUGUUCUCCACCUCCUCAAGGAUCACUCCUUCACCAAUGGCCACAACCUUCUCCUCCACGGAGCUAAAAAUAGAAGCCUCUGGGGUUAUAGUCCGCUUCAGUACCACUGUUCCAUUCACGAAGGGCCAGGAAGCAUUAUCCAGCAGAAUGAGUCAUGAAGAAAGCACAGUCUCCAUGCUGGACCAGGAGGAAGGCACAUCACUAACGUCACUACCAGCUUCUCUCUCUGACACCAAAGAUAGCCAUCAUGCUUUGAAUAAGCCAUCAGCUGCACCAACAGCUUCUCCACUUGUAGACACCACCACUUCUCACACAACCUCACAAGGUGAGUCUACUCCAGAUAUUUCACAGAAACUCACAGUAUCCCCCAAGCCUCCUCUACUGGAAAAACCUUCAGACAACACACCAAGCACUGCAGCAGAUCCUCGGCUGCAUUCUGACAAUGUAUUCAGGGAGUUUCAAACUGUGACCCGAUCUCCAACAGAUUUCAAAUUCAAUCUAGGAGUUCAUCAAUACAAAUUUAUUAAGAAGGGUGGAAAUAUGCUUUGGAAAGAGACUGAACCAGGUUCUUCACUACUGCCUCCUCCAUUUACCCCAUCCCCCUUUUUCAUAGAGCGUGGAAUAAGCACAGCCUCUGGGAAGACGUCUGCUGGAUCACCUAAAACACAAAGCAAGCUCUUUGAGCAAGCUUUAGGAACAGAUAUAGUUCCCACAACAAUGCCUCAAAAGUUAUUUCACAGUUCUGUUCAAACUGAGAUCACAGGGACUGAAGCAAAGUGGGAUUUUAAGAACAACCAAAACAUUAUUGAUGCUCCAACAACAAUAAAUACAGAGCCAACAGCUUCUUCUGCAACCUCACUGACCCAUGUUCCCGUAACACCAACUGGAGUAAUGCUACAUGUCACAAAACCCCCAGAACUUGGAGCAAAGAUGACCCCAUCACCGUGGGACCAAAACACACGUCACACUAUCACCACUUCAGAACAAAACCAGACAACCAACCUCCAACCUACAGCAUCACCCAUUGAGAAACCAGCUAGAACGGAUCCAGCAUUCCCAGAUGUGAAUCUACACAGCAGGCAGAUGUCCAGCUCCAUCCCAACAGCUACUGCGGCUCAGUCAAAGCAAUCCAGAGAGGCACUGUCAUCAGGCACUAAGGGCAGGGCCACAGGACACCAGCUACCUUUACAGGGAUUGGUGCCAAAAGGGAAGCCAAAGAAAACAAAGAACAAUCACCAGAUGAUCACCGUGAAAGCUGAAACAGAUGCUCAGCUUCCUUGUGAGGUUCAAGGCCAGCCAACACGCUUCUUGUCCUGGACUAGUGAUGCUAUUGGAGUGAGGUUUGCUAUCAACACGAUGACCCAGAGGUUUGAGGUCCACCCAAAUGGAACCUUGAUCAUUAGGAAAUCUCAGCUAUCAGACGCGGGUCAGUACUCAUGCACAGUUCAGAAGGAGCACGGUACAGAAAAGAUGACGGUUGACCUCGUGGUCCUGUCUCAAUCUCCACGAGUCCUGGAACCUCCACACAAAGAUGUCACUGUGGAUCUUGGCGGUACAGUUGAAUUGGAAUGUAAAGUGGACAGUCAUGAGGUGACAUGGGUCCUCCCUAGUCAGGUCCAGAUGAUUGCAGGACAAGCCAAUGGACAUGUUCAGCAGCGUGUGAGGGUUAAUGAUAAUGGAACUCUCCGGAUCAGCCAGGCCAGUCUCACCGAUACAGGGACCUACAGGUGUACUGGCAACAGGGUAGCUGGAUCAGAUGCCGUCUCUGUACGUCUUCAUGUCUCAGCGCGCCCACCUGAGAUUCAGCAAACAAAACAUGAAAACAUGACUCUUAUGGAGGGAAGCUUUGCCUACAUUACCUGCACAGCCACAGGUAUCCCUCAGCCCAUAAUUCACUGGACCACACCUGAUGGCUUGAAGCUCAGUUCUUCUCAGACAAUCAGUGGACAGAACCUGAUUGUCUUUCCAAAUGGAACCCUUCACAUCCAAAGACUAAGUCCCAGAAACUCUGGGAGGUAUGAGUGCUUAGCCAGGAACACAAUAUCAUCCAGCCAUAGAACCGUGAUGCUAAGUGUCAGGAGACUAUUGUUUUCUGCCAAGGCUAUGAUCACAUCUUCAUCUCCUCAGAAAACAGACGUGAUCUAUGGAAGGACGCUGCUUUUAAAUUGUGAAGCAAUAGGACAUCCAGAGCCCAGAAUCCUUUGGAGGACACCCUCAAAAAAGCUAGUAGAUGCUCAGUACAGUUUUGACUCCAGGAUUAAGGUGCUCCUUAACGGCAGUAUAACCAUCCAUUCUGUGACUGAGAAUGAUGGCGGGGACUAUCUCUGUGUAGCACGGAACAAGAUGGGUGAUGACAAUGUCCAACUACGGGUCAAUGUACUGACAAGGCCAGCCAAGAUUGAAAGGAAGGAUGAGAGCUUCAGUCAGGAGGUAGUUCAUGGAAAGGACCUGAGGGUGGACUGUGUGGCUUCUGGACUUCCUAACCCUGAGAUCAGCUGGGCGCUGCCAGAUGGCACAAUGGUCAACCCAGUCAAACGGAGUCGCAGGUAUGUGGUGUUUGAUAAUGGAACGCUUUACUUCAAUGAUGUUGGUGUGCCAGAAGAAGGCGACUACACCUGCUUUGCAGAGAACCAACUAGGUAAAGAUGAGAUGAAGGUUAGAGUCAGGGUGAAGAUGGACAUGUCACCCCCUUUAAUCCAAGGUAAAGACCAACUUCCUGUCAGAGUUUUCCACGGGCAGACAGUAACACUGCAAUGCAAUGCCAAGGGUGACCCAAUACCAACCAUUACAUGGAUGUCUCCAACAAAUAGACUGAUCCUACCUUCGUUGGACAAAUAUCAGAUCCUUAAAGAUGGAACUUUGGUUGUUCAAAAAGUUCAACGUUAUGAUGGAGGUAACUACACCUGCAUAGCUAGGAAUAGUGUUGGUCAAGACCAUAAAGUGGCCAGACUGGAGAUCUUGGUAACACCUCCAGUCUUCAGUGAUCAAAGAGGAGCUGCCAGGUCAGUCACAGCAGUCCAGGGUCAGAGGAUGCUGCUUGACUGCACGGCAAAGGGAACCCCUACACCUCACAUCACAUGGAUCCUGCCAGGAAAUGUGAACCUCCCUGCACCGUACUACAGUACCAGAAGAACCGUUCACCAGAAUGGAACCUUGGAAAUCCAGUUCCCCCAAAAGACUGACUCAGGACAAUUGACUUGUGUUGCUCAUAAUGACGGAGGGGAGGUUAGAAUGUCGGUUAACCUGGAAGUCAAGGAGGCUGUUGGAAGGCCACAAACGAGACCUUCUGUAACAGAUAAUGUAUCUCUAAGACUGGGGAGUACUGUAACUUUGAAUUGCUCCUUUGAGGGCUUGAAACUACCUCGUCCCACUUGGAUUUUACCUGAUGGCACACCUUUGCACACUGGUGCUCAAUAUUACAAGUUUUUUCAUCGGUCGGAUGGUUCUUUGAUCAUCAGCCACCCAACUGUUGCUGAGGCUGGGAUGUACCGCUGUCUGGGGCAUAGUCCUAUAGGUGUUAUGGAGCGUACAGUCACACUGUCUCCAGGAAGAAAGCCUGAGAUCAAAAACAGAUACACCUUUCCUAUCAAUAUCAUGAAUGGGGAAACACUGUUCCUUCAUUGCCAAACCACUGGUGAACCACUCAGUCUAACAUGGACCCUUCCUAGUGGAGUUGUCUUGAACAGGCAGCAGAGAGCUGGGAGGUAUGAGAUAUUACACAAUGGCACAUUGGCUAUUCGGCAGGUAUCCGUCUAUGAUCGAGGGCCCUAUGUUUGCAGGGCUGCUAAUGAGUAUGGCAGCUCUCUGCUCUCUGCAGCAGUAACUGUGAUUGCACGCCCACCUCGAAUCACCAUCAGCCCUCCCUCUGUCAUGUAUGUUAAACAUGGCGUUGCUGUCCAGUUAAACUGUGUGGCUACUGGGACCCCCAAUGUGGAGGUAGCAUGGGAAACACCUGAAAAAACCCGCUUGGCUGUUAGUGCUCAGCCACGCCUUUUUGGAAAUAAAUAUGUUCAUCCUCAAGGUUCCCUCAUUAUUCAGAGCCCAACACAAAGAGAUGCUGGAGUCUACCGGUGCACUGCCAGGAAUAUCAUUGGCACAGACUCCAGAAGCACAACACUUAAUGUUUUCUAAAACAUUAACUGCCCGUACUCCUACUGUUUGCCCAAGCAACUGCCAUUUUCAAAACAUUGAAUUGUUUCAUCUGAAAAUAUAACUUAAAUAACAACUACCAUCACUGAUAGAAUCAUCUACGAUGAUUUGAACCUAUGGUACUGUGUGCUAGAUUAUAGAGUCCAAUUAUAUAUGCUAUCUCUUUAAAAGUAACCUCAGAUUAUCCCAAAUACCAAACUUUGAGGCCAUCCAGGUUUGCAAUUCCCAGGAGUUUAGUACAGAAGUAAACUCUCAAUAAUGUCCAACCCUACACUCAGGUAUAUUUAUUUAGGUAAAGUUGAUCCACAGUUUAAUUUAAUCAGCUCUGGCAUAAUUCAGUUCUUUCUCUCUCUCUCUCUCUCUCUCUCUCUCUCUCUCUCUCUCUCUCUCUCUCUCUCUCUCUCUCUCUCUCUCUCUCUCUCUCUCACACACACACACACACACGCACGCACACAAACAACAUUUUAGUGACACCUGAUUUCGAAAGCCCUGAUGUAGAGUGACACUGUUCAAACUAGGACAAAGAAAUGACAAAGUUUUCUAUAUGUUUAGUUUGAGGGAUUGCUGGAAAAAUGUCACUUCCAGCUGAUAUUGUCCAAUUCAAUUACACUAGACUUGUUCAGAUUAGAUUAGAAUAAGUGUGUUUAAUUAAAAUCUAAACUGAUAAUUAUGAGCCGGCCUCUAGUUUUUCAACCCGUAAGAUAAUAUAGCUACUGUUUUAUUUGUCAGGUGUCCCAAACCCACCUAAAACACAAGUGACUGUUAAUCUGUUCAUCUGAUAAGUAAUUUUACACCUUAAAUAAAAAAAAAACAAAUGUGUGAUUUAAUCAUAAUUAGAGUAUUUAUAUGGCAAUUUAUGAGUAGUUCUUUAAAUAUUUGCAAGGAAUUCUGAAGACAGUCAGAAGUAACUCUAGUUAUUUGCAAGAGAUAUUCCCUGGAAAGUCUGUGUUUAAAGACAAAACAUGAAAAAUGACAAUAUGGUGCAAAAGUUAAUUUAUUUCAAUAAUUCAACCUAGACUGAGAGACAAUCUACAGGCUCAGGAACCCUUUGUAGGAGUUCUGGAUUCAUUAGCUGGCCAGAAUGUGACACUUAGUAUAAAAUAUUGAACCUUUUCACAAUAUUCUAAAAGUCUGAGGUUUUGAAUGUGGGCUUUUCAUCAGCUGUAAGCCAUAAUCAUCACAAUUAUAACAAAUAAAGGCUAGAAAUGUCUGUCUCAUGUGUUAGUUUCACCAUUUAAGUUGAAUGACUGACAUAAAUGAACAUUUGCAUCAUAUUCAGAAUUUUUAUUUUCACAUUAUCCUAAUCGCAAGAUGUUUUGUGGUUCUUUACAAACAUAAAUAUCACAAGCAGCAGUUUAAAGCUCACCUAGGUUUUGACACCAGUAGUGCUUAAUGUUUCUGCGGAAUGUAGUUAAAGUUAAACAGUCAGUGCAGUAAAGGUUUGUUGAACAAUGUGAAAAUUUACAGACUGGAAUUGUUUUACUAAGAUAACAGCAACAAACUUUGACCAUGGCAGGUUGGCUGGUCCUGGACCAGCUUCAUGGUCCAGCCAUGAAAGAAACUCCUAAACUCCCCCUACUCCAACAUUUAGUCUUAUUUGACAUGAAAAAUUUGGUAAAUAUGUUCCUUGAUGCUUGUUUUUUUUUCCUGAUCAGUGUUUCUACUGCUGUGAGGUGUGUGUGUGUGUGUGUGUGUGUGUGUGUGUGUGUGUGUGUGUGUGUGUGUGCGUGUUUCUUUCUUUAAUAGAAUCAUUUGUUCUUCCUACCUGUAACGUGGAGGUGUAUUUGAAUGAAGUGCUCACAUUUCUUUGUAAAUUUUUGGUUUUUAAUGCAGAAAUUUUCCAUUAUUUUAAUAAACUUUUUCCAAUCUC